AUGGUGAAGCAGCCUGCUGCACAAGUCCUUCUGCGCGUCCCUUCCACGCGAGUGCGCAACAAGUCGCAUGCUAUCGAUGCUGACCGAAAGCAUACGUGUUGCCCCGGCUUGAAGGUGGUCGGUGCCGCUGCAAGAAAACCUUCGGCUGCGCUAGCGGACGCACCGUUGCGCUGCAAGCGUGUCCCUGCUGUGCCGACGACACCCAAAGGCGCAGGAGGGUGGAAUGCUCCCUGGCAGCCCAGACGCGGUUCUUCCGGCGUCACUCCAGAUGAAGAUAGUCGCGAAGCUCGCGAGCAUCUCCGGCACUCGCCGCCUGAUAAGAAACGAGGUAAUAGCAUUGAACACCGCAGCCACAGCGCCGGCCCUUCGCGUCACGCUCAGCACCCAGCCAGCGACAAGGUCACUGUAGGGCUUCCACGCAUGCACUCAUCCCCACAGGCGGUGCCGUCAGUACACGAAAAUGGGCUGACCGGCGACGACCUUCUUCUUCUGUGCGGGGUGAAACCGGGGUCCUCCAAGGCUCUCUGGUACACCACGAUGCGCGCGCAGCUGGAGGCUCGCGCGCUUGCCAUGAGAGCGGAAAAAAGCGACAGGGGCGACAGCGCGACGUCGAAUAGACCGAGGACAGGGGUGGGCUCGUCGUCGUUGUCGUCGCACUCGCCAAUGCACAGAGCGGAGGCUAGCCCUGAACCGCUCGUGCUGCCAACGGCGCUUUUGCUUCUGGCUGAGCCGUCUGACCUGAAUGCGCGCACCAUGGGCGCGUCAAAAUCUGCUGCGCAACCAAUAGGGAAGAUACCACGUACUCGCUCGGGCGAGGACGAAGCCGAGAAAGUGGAAGCGGACGACGGGGCCAGCAGCCUUGGUACCCGCUCCACUUCCCUCUGCUCUGAAAAGGUCGCUAACACAAGUGUGAUGCAAGCAGCGCCUAACGCGGCUCCGCUAGUCCCCCUCAAGAGGCUGCGGCUCUCGCCAAAGCAAUUAACGCAGAUGCGUGUUUCCGUUCUCUCUCUUCAGGCCCUCGUCGACUUGUGA